UGGUGGAAAAUGAGUGCAGGCAGUAGGGUGUUUUCUGCUGGGGUCAGGAGGACUUUGGACAGACGAGCGGAUCCUGCCCCAGACACCCCUGUAUGAGUGGAGUGUAGCAGGAGAAAACAUCCCCAACUUUCUUCCUCUCUUGCCUCAAAGAGUCUACAUGUCAGGUGGCAUCUAGACAUGUUCAGCUUUGUGGAUUUGCGGCUGCUGGCGCUGCUCAGCUCUGCGGCACUCCUGAUCUCAGCGCAGGGCGAAGAUGACAGCACAACCAAAACCUGCUCCCACGAGGGUCAGCUAUUUUACGACCGGGAUGUGUGGAAGCCCGUGCCAUGCAGCAUCUGUGUGUGCGAUAACGGUUCGGUCCACUGUGAUGUUGUGAUUUGUGAAGACGUGACCUGCGCCAAUCCUGUCAUUCCCAGUGACGAGUGCUGCCCAGUCUGCGCUGACGAUGACUUCCCAUCAAGUGUUGGGGGGGGGCCCAAAGGACCACGUGGGCCUAAAGGAGAACGGGGUCCUGCUGGUCCUCCUGGCAGAGAUGGUCAACCUGGCCGACCUGGUCUGCCUGGACCUCCUGGCCCUCCUGGACCACCUGGCCUUGGCGGAAACUUCUCCCCUCAGAUGUCUGGUGGCUAUGAUGACAAAUCCCCAGCUAUGCCUGUCCCUGGACCCAUGGGCCCAAUGGGACCACGUGGUCCUCCUGGACCUCCUGGUGCUAGUGGACCUCAGGGAUUCACAGGUCCCCCUGGUGAGCCUGGUGAGGCUGGAUCUCCUGGUCCCAUGGGACCACGUGGAGCUGCCGGCCCCCCUGGAAAGAAUGGAGAGGAUGGUGAAUCUGGCAAACCUGGUCGUGCUGGUGAACGCGGACCUCCUGGCCCACAGGGAGCUCGUGGCUUCCCAGGAACCCCUGGGCUGCCUGGCAUCAAGGGACACAGAGGUUUCAGUGGUCUGGAUGGUGCAAAGGGAGACAGCGGCCCUGCAGGACCCAAGGGUGAGGCUGGAGCUCCUGGAGAGAAUGGAACUCCUGGUGCUAUGGGACCUCGUGGUCUGCCUGGCGAGAGAGGCCGUGCCGGUGCUACUGGAGCUGCUGGAGCUCGUGGUAACGAUGGAGCUGCUGGUGCUGCUGGACCUCCCGGCCCCACAGGCCCCGCUGGACCUCCUGGAUUCCCCGGUGGCCCCGGAGCAAAGGGUGAAAUCGGACCCCAGGGUGCUCGCGGACCCGAAGGACCUGCUGGAGCUCGUGGAGAGCCUGGAAACCCCGGACCUGCUGGUCCAGCUGGUCCCUCUGGAAACCCUGGAGCUGAUGGAGCCGCUGGAGCAAAGGGAGCCCCCGGUGCUCCUGGAGCUGCUGGAGCUCCUGGUUUCCCUGGACCACGUGGACCCCCAGGACCUCAAGGUGCUGGUGGUGCCCCAGGACCCAAAGGAAACACUGGAGAAGUUGGUGCCCCAGGAGCCAAGGGAGAGCCUGGCGCUAAGGGAGAGGCUGGCGCUCCAGGUGCACAGGGACCCCCAGGAGCCCAUGGUGAGGAAGGCAAGAGAGGAGCUCGGGGAGAGCCCGGUGCCCCAGGAGCCCGUGGAGCACCUGGUGAGCGUGGAGCUCCUGGAGGUCGUGGUUUCCCUGGCUCUGAUGGCCCAGCUGGAGCAAAGGGUGCCCCAGGUGAGCGUGGUGCCCCUGGUCUUGUUGGACCCAAAGGUUCAACUGGUGAGCCUGGUCGUACUGGUGAGCCUGGUCUGCCCGGUGCAAAGGGAAUGACCGGUAGCCCUGGAAGCCCUGGACCUGAUGGCAAGAUCGGACCUGCUGGAGCCCCUGGACAAGAUGGCCGCCCUGGAGCCCCUGGCCCAGUUGGAGCUAGAGGUCAGCCUGGAGUCAUGGGUUUCCCAGGACCUAAGGGAGCUGCUGGUGAUGCUGGAAAGCCUGGUGAGAGAGGAGUCAUGGGACCCACUGGUGCUGCUGGUGCCCCUGGAAAGGAUGGUGAUGCUGGUCCUCAGGGUCCUCCUGGACCUUCUGGCCCUGCUGGUGAGAGAGGAGAGCAAGGACCUGCUGGUGCUCCUGGUUUCCAGGGACUUCCAGGACCACAAGGUGCCAUCGGUGAGCCUGGCAAGCCUGGCGAGCAGGGACUUCCCGGUGAUGCUGGAGCCCCAGGACCAGCUGGAGCUAGGGGUGACAGAGGCUUCCCAGGUGAGCGUGGAGUACCUGGCCCUCUUGGACCUGCUGGAGCCCGUGGAUCCCCCGGUUCUGCUGGAAACGAUGGUGCCAAGGGUGAUGCUGGAGCCCCUGGUGCUCCUGGAGCUCAGGGUCCUCCUGGACUGCAGGGCAUGCCUGGAGAGCGUGGUGCUGCUGGACUUCCUGGUCUGAGGGGAGACAGAGGCGAUCAAGGAGCUAAGGGAGCUGAUGGAGCUCCUGGAAAAGAUGGUCCCCGUGGCUUGACCGGACCUAUUGGACUUCCUGGACCUGCUGGAGCACCUGGAGACAAGGGAGAGCCUGGUGCUGCUGGCCCUGCUGGACCUGCUGGAGCCCGUGGAGCCCCUGGUGAGCGUGGAGAAUCUGGACCACCUGGACCUGCUGGAUUUGCUGGACCACCUGGUAGCGAUGGACAACCUGGUGCCAAAGGAGAAGCUGGUGAGAAUGGUGCCAAGGGAGAUGCUGGUCCCCCAGGCCCUGCUGGACCAACUGGAGCUCCCGGACCUCAGGGUCCCGUUGGAAACAAUGGAGCUAAAGGAGCACGCGGCCCCCCUGGUCCACCUGGUGCAACUGGUUUCCCUGGUGCUCUUGGCAGAGUUGGACCCCCUGGCCCCGCUGGCAAUCCCGGACCACCUGGACCCAGUGGCCCAGCUGGCAAGGAAGGACCCAAAGGAAACCGUGGUGAGACAGGACCUGCUGGUCGCCCUGGUGAACUUGGUGCUGCUGGACCUCCAGGACCAGCUGGGGAGAAGGGUAGCCCUGGUGCUGAUGGUGCCCCUGGAUCUGCUGGUCUGCCUGGACCUCAAGGUAUUGCUGGACAGCGUGGUAUUGUUGGUCUGCCUGGACAAAGAGGAGAGAGAGGCUUCCCUGGCCUGCCUGGACCUGCUGGAGAAGUUGGAAAGCAGGGACCUCUUGGUCCUGGUGGUGAGCGUGGACCUCCUGGACCAGCAGGACCCCCUGGUCUGGCUGGAGCCCCUGGCGAGCCUGGACGAGAGGGAGCCCCUGGCAAUGAGGGAUCAGCAGGUCGUGAUGGAGCCCCUGGACCCAAGGGAGACCGUGGUGAGUCUGGCCCCUCUGGAGCACCUGGUGCCCCUGGCCCCCCUGGAGCUCCUGGACCAGUUGGACCCGCUGGAAAGUCUGGUGACCGUGGAGAGACAGGACCUGCUGGACCUGCUGGUGCUGCUGGCCCUGCUGGCCCUCGUGGACCUGCUGGACCUCCUGGACUUCGUGGAGACAAGGGCGAGACAGGAGAGGCCGGAGAAAGAGGCAUGAAGGGACACAGAGGAUUCACCGGCAUGCAGGGACCACCUGGACCUUCUGGACCACCUGGAGAGCAAGGACCUGCUGGAACUGCUGGACCUGCUGGACCCAGAGGCCCUGCUGGAUCUGCUGGUACUCCUGGUAAGGAUGGCAUGAGCGGUCUUCCUGGACCCACUGGACCUCCUGGACCUCGUGGUCGCUCUGGAGAGAUGGGACCUGCUGGUCCCCCUGGUCCUCCUGGACCUGCUGGAGCACCUGGUGCCCCCGGUGGCGGAUUUGACCUUGGCUUCAUUGCACAGCCCCAAGAAAAGGCACCUGAUCCCUUCCGCAUGUUCCGUGCUGAUGAUGCUAACGUUCUCCGUGACCGUGACCUGGAGGUGGACAGCACCCUGAAGAGCCUGAGCCAGCAGAUCGAGCAGAUCCGCAGCCCUGAUGGAACCAGAAAGAACCCCGCCAGAACCUGCCGGGACCUUAAGAUGUGCCACCCAGACUGGAAGAGUGGUGAGUACUGGAUUGACCCAGACCAGGGCUGCACUCAGGACGCCAUCAAGGUUUACUGCAACAUGGAAACUGGAGAGACCUGCGUGUCACCAACUCAGCGUGAGGUUGCUCAGAAGAACUGGUACAUAAGCAAGAACAUCAAGGAGAAGAAGCAUGUCUGGUUUGGAGAGACCAUGAACGACGGCUUCCAGUUUGAGUAUGGCAGCGAGGGCUCUUUGCCAGAGGAUGUCAACAUCCAGCUGACCUUCCUGCGCCUCAUGUCCACUGAGGCAUCCCAGAACAUCACAUACCACUGCAAGAACAGCGUUGCCUACAUGGACGCUGGUGCUGGAAACCUUAAAAAGGCCCUUCUCCUCCAGGGUUCCAAUGAGAUUGAGAUCAGAGCUGAGGGUAACAGUCGCUUCACCUACAGCGUCCUGGAGGACGGAUGCACGUCACACACCGGUACGUGGGGCAAAACAGUCAUCGACUACAAGACAUCGAAAACAUCUCGUCUGCCCAUCAUUGAUAUCGCUCCUAUGGACAUUGGUGCUCCAGACCAAGAGUUUGGCCUUGAAGUUGGACCCGUCUGUUUCUUGUAAAAAGAGAAAUCUGGACUUGAAAUUGUUGUGCGUGUGCGUGUGUGCGUGUUUUGUUUUUUCUAGCAGUCAUCUCUUCCCCAAAAAAAAGUCCACCAACACAUUGUUCUAAUGUAUUUUUCUGGAAAAACCCAACCCUUGCUCUAGAUUCUACACGUUUCCAGCCGGUGGUUGUUCCGAUGACCCCCUUUGCCUUAAACCUGCACUACAACAAGAAAAAGAGAGCAGCAGUGCAGUGUCAUCUGCACUGUCAGCUUUGGGACCACUACUUUUUAUGUUUUUGAAUCUUUUUUUUUGUUUGUUUUUCCAACGCAAACACCAAGGAUCCUGUAGAGAAGACAUUUCGCUUCACUGGCAGCAAGAAAAUAAUAUAUGCCUCUGUAAAAUGUAAAAAAAAACACUUCUCCCCUUCAUUCGGCCACACCAGGCCUCCAUGGAGUUUACAGAAACACACAGGUGACUUUUGUAUUUUUUUUUUUUAACCCCUCUGCGCCCUGCAGAAUGAAAGGACGGUCCCAGCAGACAGAACUCGGUUGCUCUGUACCACGUUUCAGGUGAUGAUGAAUAAAAGGUGAAACUGACAGCUACGGGUGUCUCUGUUGUUCUGCACUCCUGUCCCAAACUGGCCUCGCCUCCAUGUCUUGUUGCAGCUGAUGUCAUUUUACCUUUUGGCUAAAGACGAGUCACAUUAAAACCACCUGCAGACAAAAAUGGGUUUGAACCUCUAUUCUGAGUAGGAAGUAGGGCUACCUCAAACAAAGGAAAUCAGAAAAAGGGAGGCGUGGUGUCGACAUGACGUGGAAGUGUACUGACACUUAGCAGGAGCAGUUCUACCUAAGACCAAAGGUGCUAUUGUCUGUUGGAGGUCUGCUGACUGCACUGCAGUGUUCAGCUCAACAAUGGUGCUAAAUCCAACCCAAGUUUUUGCUUGUGGAGUCCAGAAUGACACAGAUUCUCUGGUGUUACAGUGCCGGCAGGCAACAUGGAUCUAUUUCUUUGCUCUCUGACUUCCCAUCAUCCUUUUAGCCCACUCUUUCAUCUGUUGUAGCUUUUUCUUGUUCUCAUCUGCUUCUAAAUUUCCAACCAAAGAUUUGAAUUCAUGAGCAGUUUGUGAGACAAGUUAGACGGACACACUCCUGGGAGAAAACACCACAAAAGGAUCUGUACCUAUUUUGUAUAUGUAUAAUAAAUUGAGAUGUUUCUAAUUAUUUUGAAUGCUGAAAUAAAGCAUGUUAAUUCGUCUAA